GUACCUGAACAGACCUCUUGACUGCUGAACGAGACGCAAUCUAAAGAAGUUUCCUAAGAAGAAGAAAAUCAUGGAUUAAUCGUGUUUCUUAUCGUUUUCUAACCGAUAUUAUUUUCAUUCUGGUUUACAUUGGGAGAAAAUGGGAUCUCUUCGUAAAAAUUCGUUUUUGAUGGGUGUGGUGGCAGCAUCGUUUACAUGGAUUAUCAUCUUGUACUUGUAUUUUACUCUCAUUCAGGAAACUAAGCUUACUCAAAGUUCAUCAGAAAAGCAAGGAAAAGGUUUUAGCUUCUCAGGUCCUGAAGAUGUUCUUAUGGAGACCAGCAAAAGUCAAGAGAAACUUCAGGGUCCAGAAAAUGAAUUAUCUUUCAGACCACUCAGAAAUGACAUAGAUCUAAAAUCUGCAGAUAAAAUUAAGGAUAGAGACUUCACGAACCAAAAAAGAUAUGACGAUAGUUUUGUCAAACAAAAGAAGUAUAGAAACCAGCUGAUGCUAAAAGGGGAGCAUGCCCUUCAGCAAGAGGUUAAGAAGAAAGCACAGCCAGAAAUUCCAGAAGAUCAAGCGAUUUUAGCAGAGCUUGGUUUGGUCAAAACAAAGGAAGAUCAGCAAGAGAAAGAGCAGGGGUAUCGUCUUCACGCUUUCAAUACGCUUGUUUCUACCCGCCUAUCACUACAUCGUCCAAUUCCAGACACAAGGGAUAAAAGGUGCAAAGACAUUGUUUACCCAACAGUGUUACCUCCUGCUUCUGUCAUUGUCUGCUUCUACCGUGAAGACCUUUCUGCACUGUUGCGAACAGUGUAUUCAGUUCUAGACAGAACACCGGCAGACUAUUUACACGAACUGCUUCUUAUAGAUGACACAGAUGAAGGAAGGUAUCAUGCAGAAGUGACCAGCAAAAUGAAGGGCAUCAGUGAGAAGAUCCGUAUAUUGAAAACUCCAGAAAGGGAAGGCCUUAUCAGAGCUAGGGUUUUUGGGGCAAGGCAUGCAAGUGGUCAGGUACUGCUCUUUUUAGACAGUCAUGUAGAGGUCAAUGUUGGCUGGAUAGAACCAUUGUUGGCAAGAGUGAAAGAAAAUCGAACUCAUGUCGUCACCCCCAUCAUUGACGUUAUUUCGCCGGACACAUUUCAGUACACUGCAUCUCCCCUUGUCCGUGGUGGCUUUAACUGGGGUCUUCAUUUCAAGUGGGAUAGCAUCCCACAGUCAUACUUUAAUGAUAAAAGUAAUUUUGCAAAGCCUAUCAGGUCACCAACAAUGGCAGGUGGACUUUUUGCUAUUGACCGUAAUUACUUUAUUGAACUAGGAGAAUAUGAUAUGGGAAUGGAUGUUUGGGGAGGAGAAAAUUUAGAGAUGUCUUUUCGGAUAUGGACCUGUGGGGGCAAUCUGGAAAUAAUACCAUGUUCUCGAGUUGGUCACAUCUUUAGGAGAAGGCGUCCUUAUGGUGGUCCUGGAGGACAGGACUCUCUUUUAAGAAAUUCUUUAAGAGUGGCACAUGUAUGGAUGGAUGAAUUCAAGGAGAACUUCUUCCGUAUUCGACCUGAUGCAAGAAAAGUUGAAUAUGGAGAUGUCUCUGACAGAGUUAAACUAAGAUCCGACUUGAAGUGCAAGCCCUUUGCUUGGUAUUUGAAAAAUAUUUAUCCAGAACUGCCUGGACCUGGUGAAGAAAAUAAAGCAGAAAAUGAAGUUGGGUUAGUAGGAGCUGGGAAGAGGCAGUUCCUUCCUUGGAACAAACGUUUGCGGAAUUAUACUAAUAAGUGGCAGAUAAGAUUGACAGGAACUAAACUUUGCAUCGAGUCAGAAGGAGACCCAUCAGUGAAAGGUUCAAGAUUAGUUCUUUCCGAAUGUGCCGAGGUGGACCGUCAGAUUUUUUACCAGACAGACCACAAUGAGUUAGUCAUUGCAAAGUUACUCUGCCUAGAAGCUUCAGAACGAUUGCCUCAUUUAGGCAAGUGCCACGAAAUGGGUGGAUCACAAGAGUGGAAGAUUAGUGAACAGAUGGGUAUUGCCCUCUACAACAUGGCUAUAGGACUAUGUGUGGCUGUCCAAGAAAAAAGAUCAGGAGCAGUGGUUGUCAUGGCGAUGUGCACCACGCCAGACUUGGCAACCUGGGAUUUAGUUGAUGUUGUUUGAAAUAUUCAUUAGAUUCUGUGUUAUUUCAUUGGGCUACUACUGCCAUUAUUCAAUUGGACACAAUUCAGUACAAAUUCAUUUUUCAGUGUUCUGUGAAUUUUGUAUAUCUGUGAUAUGGGUCAUUAGCAAGGCAGAUUGUCUCAAAUGAGGAAAAUCUUCUGUUGGACUUUAUAAUUUUUGAUGGAUUUUUAUACAGUAUUUUUAGCAUCAGUUAUUUGUGCUUAGGUAAUUGAUAGCUAAGUCCAUUCAGAUAAGCAUGUGAUCAUGGUUACUUUACUAUAUGUACUGUAUAAUGUCUGCUUUAAAUUUUUUUCUCAAAGUACCUCAGUGAUUGAUAUUACUGAAUUAGUACCCUAAUGAUUAUUAAGACUAGUUUUUGUAGUACAGUACCAUUUUAACUGGUAGCUUCGCCCAUUAGUACCUUUGAUAGAAUUACUUUUAUUAGUGCCUUGGUUACUGAUAGUUUUAAGUCUGAUAAUGAUUAUACCAUGGGAAGGUAUAUAUUUUAUUUAGCAAAUAGAAGUCACUUAUUUUAAGUUCUGUUCCAUUUUAUCUGAUAUUUUUCCAUACUCAUUUCAUUUUGGAGAGUUUUGAAUUUAUUUAUUUGACUAAUUUUAUGUGCAGCUGUUUUUAUUCAGGUACCUCUUAACUAUACAUUACACUUAUUCUAUUAUGUUAUUCUAUUAAGAGUUAUAAUUUCAUAACUAUUUUUGCGUGAGACUUGGAUGUUUGUUUCCAAAAUUAUUUUGUUUAAUGACUUCAAUAUGGUUGGAACAAGAGGCCUAGAAAAAUUUUGCGCUUAUGUUUGGUCCUGGUAUUCCAGCACAGCGCUAACUUGUGAUUAAUCAAUUUUGUGCUGUAAUUUAUUACCAUGAUUUGCCUUUAGCUUUUACCAAUAAGCAUUGUGAAGGAUCAACAGAAGUCUUCCUUUAAGUAAAUGACAAGUGAUUAAGACAUUGUAGACAAAUAAGAGAUUUACCUGUAGUAGAAUUUAAAUUUAAACUUUACUAGAAUGAGAACUUAAUGUAUAGUCAAUUGGAGAUUUAACAAAUUCAGAUAACUGAGUUGACUUACAAACUCAUCAUUUACUUAGCCCCAUUUAGAGGUUUUCAUGAACCCUAGACACUCCACUCUUUAACAUAAAGAGAAAACAUAUGCUGGUUAGCUGGGAGCAUCACACACUUUCGCCUUUGUAGCCUCUGUUUAAGGACGAAAAGAUUAGUCUAGUGUCUCAUUGCUGUCAUCAAGCUUUUUCCUAGAUAUGUAGGCUUAGUUGGUCUACCUUUUUUAUUCUUGCCUGGGUUUCUUAUUGGUUUUACCUUCUGUUUUGUGCUUUAAUAUUUAUAAGAAUUCCAAGUAUUUAAAGUGGUGUUAAGUGAUUACCAUAUUUUUGCCUUCUUCCAUUACUUAGUUACCAGCUAGUCAUGCUUAUUCUUGUUGGCUGGUUUUCACCAGGUCUCAUAUUGUAAUCACGGCCAGUUGUCAACUUAUGCAUAAUUUACUUUUAGGAAUUUGUAGGAAUUUGAACAAAUGAGUUUGAAAAAUAUCAAGAAACAAAAUCAAGUUAAAUGCCAAGAUGCCAAAAAAAUGCUGUUGUCCAAGUAUUGGACAAAAUUUUCAAGAAUGAAGUGAUUAGUAAGCCUACAGUGUAGCAUGAUGCUGCAUUUGGUAUGCCUGCAUAACUGAUCCUGGGCAGCAUUGCAUCAUUCUUUGUCCGACUCUUGUCUGAGUAGUGGAACAAAGACUAUUUACAUCCAAGUGUUGUACACCUUUUGUUUUGGUGGAAAUACCUUGCACCUAACUCUUUAGAUAAGAAAAUGAAAAAGUCAGAUCUUUCGUGUUCAAUCUUGAAAAUUAGCUUUGUGGACCAUAAGUGGAGAAAAAAUUAAUAUUCUACACAGUAAAGCUACGUGCCAAAACAGAGCAUCAAUGGUGGCGCCAAAAAAAAUAUAUAUAUAUAUUGCAGAAAUGCAUCCCUGUUGAUGGUAGUGUUGUGCAUGAAAAAGCACAUAGUACAUGGUAUGAAGAGUGUAAUGAGAGGGUUGAGGGAAGCUAGAGGAAGGAGUUUAAGCUAAUACAGGAGCCUUUGGUGCUUGAGGAUCCCAACCCCUCAAGCCUUAAGUUCCUCAACUCCUAUUAUUGGGCCUCCUUCACCACAUCAGCCAAUGUAAAUGAAUCUUGGUUCUUCCAUCAUAGAGGAUCCUUCUAACAUCCUAUCACAGGGUUCAAGUUUUCCCAAUUUAUUAUAGCUAGCUAACUUAAUUUCAGCUACACUGCCACCAGACUUAUCAAGGACUGUCAACCCUCAGAUGCAUGAAUCAUCCUGAUUAUUAUUGUUAUAUUAAUAUUAUUAUUCAGAAGAUGAACCCUGUACAUAUGGAACAACUCCACAAGUAAUAAGAAAAAGGAAAAACUAUUUUCUUUUUCUUCCAUCACCAGACCAUUUAACAGCCUAAUGUUGAAGGCAGAUCUGCUCUUUCUACAGGUUGCCUUUAGUGCUCAACCAGAUAUUCACUUCAUUACCCUCUUUAAAUAUCAGGGGAGGAUGGCUAGAGGUUUUAAUUUAGAGUAGCAUGCAGGUCAUACUUGUUCUUCCUUUAUAUACAUUCUUCCUUUACUGUUCUUUCUCAAAGAAAUCUUGGAUGGCCAUGCAAAGUUGUCAUCUUCAUGACCUCUUGACCUCAUGGUGAGGCAGUACUUGUCCCAGACACUGCCUUUGGAUCUUUUUAGCACAGCAACAAUGAUGACAUACCUCAGCUUCAAGUAGGUAGGUCUUGUCUCUUCAUAGGCAUACUCCUUCAUGCUUUUAUGUACUGUACCCGAGUUAGCUACAAUAAGUAUUUUGCAGCCAGUGCUUCGGUAAGUCCAUCCUUUUGAAAUCGAUGUUCUUGUAUCUCGGCAUUCUGCAUUAGCCUUCUUAUUUUACUGCACGCACAGUUCUUACUAACCUAUUAAUCAUAAAGUAGCUUUACUCUAUACAAGUGGAUCCAGCCAUUCCAACUUGAACAAUUUUGCUACAAGAAACAUCUUACCCAUACAGUGGUACCUCGACAUACGAAAAUAGUUCAGGAUACGAAAGGUUGUUGCUGUAAAGUCCCGAGAUUUUCCCGGACCACCGAUAACAAUUUUAAAACUCACGCGCUGCCAACUGUGUAGACUAGCCACCAUCCUCCUGCUCUCCCAUUGGUUCCUGAUGCUAGUCACCGCCAUAAGAUCCUGCUCUCCUAUUAGUCAGCAUCUCUCCCAUCAUGCAUCUACGUAGCGGCGUGCUUUUUCGGCCACUCGGUAGCAGCGUCACUUCUAUAAGUACGCCAAAUUCGUUCAACCUAUACGAUUUAGUUUAUUAACGUAAAUUCAUUAGUGAUUUCAUUGUAGUACUACUUUAUCAUGUUGUGUGAGAAGUUUAGUACAUACGUAUACGUACAGUAUAUACGUAGUCAUGGGUCCCAAGAAAGUUGAAGUUCACGGAAAGAAGAGGAUGCUUUCUUUGGAGACAAAGAUGGAGAUAAUCAAGAAGUGUGAAGCUGGCAUGCGAUUGAGUGUAAUUGCUAAGGAAUAUGGCUGAAAUCCGUCGACGAUAGGCACCAUCCUUAAGCAGAAGGAAGCCAUCAAAGCAGCCACACCUUCCAAGGGUAUGACUAUUUUGUCUAGCAAGAGGAGCCACGUGCAUGACGAGCUGGAAAGACUGCUUCUUGUCUGGAUAAAAGACAAAGAAAUCGCUGGCGAUACGAUAACCGAGAAUGCAAUCUGCCACAAGGCCAAGUGCUAUUUUCGGCGAUUUGAUUGCCCAGGCUGAAGACGACGGAGGAGAAGGGACAUUGACGCCAACCCCAGACUGCAAGGCUUCUCAUGGGUGGUUCGAAAAAUUCCGUAAACGGACUUGCAUCCAUUCGGUGGUGCGGCAUGGGGAGGCGGCCAGCUCGGACACAAAAGCGGCUGAAGCCUUUAUUAAGACGUUCGACGAGAUGAUGAUCAAGGAAGGCUACAGUUCUCAGCAAGUCUUCAACUGUGAUCAGACUGGCCUUUUUUGGAAAAAAUGCCUCGUCAGACAUACAUCACGCAGGAAGAGAAGAAACUACCCGGGCAUAAGCCUAUGAAAGACAGGCUUACGCUUGCACUUUGUUCGAACGCCAGUGGGGAUUGCAAGGUGAAGCCCCUACUUGUGUAUCAUUCGGAGACUCCUCGAGCCUUCAAGGCCCACAAAAUGCUAAAGGAGAAGCUUCCAGUGAUGUGGAGGGCUAAUGCGAAAGCCUGGGUAACAAGACUUGUUCACCGAGAAGGUAAAUCUGUGUUUCGGCCCGACAGCGAAGAAAUUCUUCGAAGAGAAGCACCUCCCUCUGACAUGUCUGCUGUUGUUGGACAAUGCCCCUGCUCACCCUCCUGGCCUCGAGGAAGAUAUCUUAGCGGAGUAUUCUUUUAUCAAGGUUCUUUAUCUUCUGCCUAACACCACCCCUCUCCUCCAGCCCAUGGACCAGCAAGUGAUAUCGAACUUCAAGAAGCUGUAUAUGAAACAUUUCAAGAGAUGUUUUGACAUCACCGAUAUCACAAACCUCACCUUGCGUGAAUUUUGGAAGGAGCAUUUCGAUGUUGUGAUAUGCAUCCGACUCAUAGAUCAAGCUUGGCAGGAGGUUUCGAGGCAAACCUUGAAUUCUUUGUGGAGGAAACUCUGGCUUGAUGCCGUAUCUGCCCGAGACUUUGAGGGAUUCGACGUGGGCGAAGCUGGUGCAGAUUCAGGGUACAGUUGACGAUCCUGAAACUGUUUUGCAACCAGAUCUUGAGGAGAUCGUUGCACUCAGCAAGUCCAUAGGGCUGGUCGUCGACGAGGACGACAUCAAUGACCUUCUCGAGGAGCACCAAGAGGAGCUUACAACGGAUGACCUGAAGGAGUUAGAGGCCAUGCAACAUAACAUCGUUCAAGAAGAGUUCUCUAGCAGCGGCGAGGAGGAGGAGGACUACCCUAUGACAACGGCAGUAAUUAAGGAUGCUCUAGCUGCUUUUCAUAAGGUGCAAUCAUUUGUAGAAAAGAGACACCCCGAAAAGGCUUUCACAGGUCGUAUGCUUGCGCAGUUCGAUGAAGUUUGCCCGAGUCGUUUCAGGAACAUUGUGAAAAGUAGGCAGAAGCAAUCUUCCUUGGAUAGUUAUUUUUUAAAGAGGCCUUUAGUAGAAGUAAGCAAAAAGGAAGAUCCAGUUGAUACUACGAAAAAACAAAGUUGAAAGUGGUGAAGAAAUUGAAAUUUUGUAAAAAAAAAAAAAAAAAAAAAAACGCAAAGUAUAAAAAAGUAAAAAAAAUGUAAAAAUAAAAAAAAGAAAUAAAAAUUUAACUUUAAGUUUUGCAAAGUUAAGUGUUACGGUUUUGUUAAUGUGUUUUGUAAAGUUUAGUUUAUGUUUCCUGAUAUUUUUAAUGUGUUUCGUUAAGUUAAAUGUACGUACUAUGUAACAAAUUUUCUGCUGUUUGUCCUCCUCCUCUGUCGCCACUUUUGGAGAUAGCCUCACUCGAAAGGUAAGGCUCCACAUUUUACUACAUACGUACGUAUGUACGUACAGUAUUUCUUGUAUACCAUGUACACUAAUACACUUUAUUUACAGGUACAUAUUAGUAGUACGUAUUAAGUUAGGUAUUGAAUGGUCAAAAUUGUUGUAGUAUUUCAUUGUUUAUUGGUCAAUUUAGCUUUAUUAUAAAAUUUACUGGGGUGUUUUUGUAGGGCUUGGAACGGAUUAGGCAAUUUAUGUACAUGUAAAAUGCCGUUCAAGAUACGUAAAGCUCAGGUUACGAAGGCCGCCUCGGAACGGAUUAAUUUCGUAUGUCGAGGUACCACUGUAUUUCAUCUCCAAAGUUACAGCGGGUCCUUUCUGUUAAAUCUUAAUUCCAUAUUAAAGCCCUCAUUCCAAUUCACUAAUUCUAGUUUUUUCCCUGCAGGGCAAUCCUCCCCUCCAAAUUGCAAUUUGGGUUAAUGUAAACAAGAGGGCUUGGAAAUCAAACAAAUUGAUUUUUUUUACAGUCAUUUUAAAUUAUAGUCCUUCCUCCCAGUUGCACUCUUUUCCAGAGCAAUAAUCUAGACUACAUGGGAAAGAAAGACUCUUGCCUUCAUGGAACCCAGGGCCCAUAAAUGGGAAUGUGUGCCGCUGUGGUUGCUGCCAGCCAGUCGGCUCAACAUCAUCCUUUACAUAGUAUUCAGGAAUGGAGUAUCUAUGGUUUUUUAGACCACGAAUGGGGCUACAGUAAAUAAAGGUUUUGUAUUGAAAAAUCAAAUUUUGUUUUAAAAAGUUAUUUACAUUGUAGUGAAGUCAAAAAUUUAACAAAGUGCAGUAACAUGAAAAUUGAAUAGAUUGUAGUUGAAUGGAUAUAAAACAAUGUAGUCGAAUGCAGCUUUGAACAAAAUGCAGCUAAAUAGGAUUAAAAACAAGACACUGAAGGAAAUUAGCUGUAAGUUAAUAGUUUUAAUGUCUCAACUAAUUAAGUUUCAUCUUCACCAUCUCAUUUUGUCCAUUGAAGGUUUGUAUAAUUUAACAAUGCACAUGGAUCACAGAUAGCAUCACCUUGAGUGUCACAUUUUACGAGUGUAGAAUGAGUUGUACAUAACCCAGAAAUUCCAUGUUCAUAUUUUAUUUUAGUGAUUGAGAAACAUUUGACUCAUAUCACCUGUCCAUUUGUGUAAUACGUAUGGCUAUCAGGAAGGGACUGUGUAAUGAUGUUUAUUUAUUAUCACUAGUUUAUCAAGACGCAGAGUCAUGUCUUGAGAUUCUCAUAGGCCUUGUUGUGUGAUGUGAAUGUGAUAAAAAUAUAUUUAUAUACAUAUAUAUAUGUAAAAGAUAUGCAAAAACCCUUUUUAGCAUUUAUCAUAAUUCUGAUUGCUUGUCAUAUUUUGCAGUAUGCAGCACAGAUGUAAUCAGUUUCUCAGUUGUGAUUACAUAACUAGGUCAGAGGGGACUUCACUUUGUGACCUCCCCCCACUCCCCCAAAGUGUCCUAAGGCAUACAAAAGCAAGCCAUGAAUAGUUUCAUAUUAGUGUACUACUUUACUAUGCAUAAAGUCUUAACACAAUUUUAAUUUGUGUCCGUCAUUUUACACAAGUAACUGCUCAUGAGGGAGCUAUAUCAGGAAUGCAUGGAAUUAUAAUUAAUAGAUUAGUUCUUAUCAUUGAUGAGGAAAUUUGCAAGCUGCAGUUAUAAGAAUUGGACAUAGAAUAAAGUAAUUCUAAUUCAUGUGCAGUAAAUCCACUUGUUUUAUUUUAGUUUCUCUAAGGUGCUGGUGAUAUAUUUGGGCACCAAAAUAUUGUAAUACUACAGUGUUCUUACUACUCAUUUCCCUACUACUCAUUUUCCCACAGUUAAUCUUUCAUUAAAUAAACAUAUCCAAUUUUUGUCUUCCGCUGGAGACAGCUUUUGUGUGCUACUAUAUUGUAUAACCCUAGCACAGUUUGUUAAUAGGUAACUAAUCACAGUUCAUGUAUUAUUGUGACUAGUACGUAUUAGUGAUUUUUUGUAGCCCAUUUUUAUGGUUUUACAGGCAGCUUUUCAAAGCAGGUAUAUUUCAUGAUGCUUGUCUCAAGCUUCUAGUUAUACAUGCUUCUAGUUAUACAUACUAUGGGAGUCUUCCUUUAUGCAAACUUUCAGCUGUUAUAGUUUAAGUCUGAAAUAUGUAAAGUACUGAAAGAAAAUACCCAGUGUGGAAAAACACUUUUGAUUGCAUUAUUGACAGGCAAGUUUCAUGGUCAACUUUUUAUAUUGAUAGGAGUGAUUGAACCAUUAUUUCAUUUGCAUUUCAAAUAUUGGUUUUUUGUAAGUCAAAAGUUUGAAGGAAAAGUAGGACAGUAAUAAUUUAAAUUGGUCUUACUUUAAUAUACAAUUUAGUAUUAAUAAUAAGAGAAGCAGAUAAAUACUGAAGGGAUACAGAGUAAAAGUGAAAAUUAAAAUACAACUAUCUCUGUAAAUCUUGUGUGAAAUAGAGGGUCAUGGCUAUUUUACCAAUUUUACUGUUACCCUGACUGCAGAUUAAAGCAUAUGGUAAAAAGGAGGCUCAGUACGUAUACAGAAACAGGUCUCUUAUAUAAUUAUGUAGUGUAAAUAUUUGGUUUUAUUAUGUAGUUCAUUUCUUCAGAUAGAAAUGAAAAAGAUCUUCGUAAUCUCUGAAAAACUUUCCCAUCUACAUUUGAAAAUGUGCAGAGGAAAAGGAGCUGUUUCUCCAUAUAGAAAAACUGUGAUAUUUUGAGCACAGCUUUGUGAUACACUAAUAGAAAAUGUAUGUACAUUAUCUAGUGCUACAAUACUACAUUAUAAGCUUAUAUAGUGAGUGUAUAUUCAUAAUAACCAGCAGGCACUCUUUGGUGCUUUAACUGUCAAGGAGAGAAAAAUAAAUGUCUUCCCCAUCCCCACAAUUUAAUAUUGUCAUUUCAGCUGUACUUGAAAUGUUUUGUUUUUUAUGUACUAUUUUGUGUGUGGAUGAAUUCUAAUACAACUGAUGCAGGCAAUAAGUAGUAGUACUGUGGUUUUAAUCAAGCUUUGUCUCAAAAUUUAGAUAUUGUAUUAUAUGACUACAUGAAAGUUGGCCUAACUAUGCAUUUAAUAUCAUAGACUUGUAGAUGCUUCAGCUUCACACAACUCAAGUGUAUGGGUUCAUUUAUUAUUAGUGAAAGUUGGUUCGUUUAGAGCAAGCUUGUCUAAUGUCCUCAAGGCCUUCUUUAUGGUGAAUAGGAGGCAUCUUAUGGACCUCUGGACAUACCCAACCAACUGUGAUGGGAGAGAGCUUGGUAAUUUUAAUGUUUUGUUAAUCAGACAACUUAAACUAUCAUUAUUAUGACUUCCAGAGCUGGAAGAAUGAUCAAACUGGAAUGAUUUUGUUUUGCACGAACUCUUCACAAAAGACUUCCAAGGUUUGAGGCAUAUAAAAAUGUCUCAUAUUGUUUUAAGUCACUUUAAUGUCACACUAUCUUUCAGGUAUUUUUAUGUUCAAAGCACUCAAAUAUUUAAGUGUUGAAUUUAUACCUCCUUUUAGCUACCUAAGAGAAAAAUGGUUUGAAAAACUCAUCAUUUUAAACCUGCUAUUUAUGUAUUUCACUUUCAUCAGUCAAUUUGUGAUUGUCAACAGAUUUCUGUAAAAGAUAUUUAUGAAGAGAUAUUUAACUGGUUUACCAUAUCAGUUUUUGUACUAUUUUCCUGUAACAUUAAACUUUUGAUAAGA